AUGGCGGUUCCUCCGACUGGCAUCGAACAGCUAGUGAAGCUCACCUCCGACCUGUCUCUCGACCAGAUCCGCGACAAGUUCCCUGCGUGCUACCCCGAGACAAAUCCCAUCGAUGUCUACAGGCUACACCUGACAAACCUUCUCGAGAAGAUCACGGGAGUGGAUCCCAAGAUCAUCUUUCCUGCGAUACAAUGGACACAAGGUUUGGACAAGGGCGACGUCAUGCUGGCUGCGCCCGCCCUCAGAGUGAAGGGCAAGAAGCCUGACGAGCUGGCCAAGGAGUGGGCAGAGAAGUUUCCCGAGGACGACCCGCUCUUCAACAAGCCCGUGGUGACGGCCGUCCACCUGUCCUUCUUCUUCAAGAGCGCGCCUCUCACAGAGGCUGUCAUCCCCUUGAUUCGGUCGCUGGGUAAGACUUACGGCAACAACCCUGCGAUGGGCCUCAAGGACCCCAAGAACCCCAACGGAGAUCGCAAGCGCAUAAUCGUCGAGUUCUCCUCCCCCAAUAUCGCCAAGCCCUUCCACGCUGGUCACCUGCGGAGUACGAUUAUUGGAGGUUUCAUCUCGAAUCUAUACGAGGGAGCAGGCUGGGAUGUCGUCCGAAUCAACUACCUGGGUGACUGGGGCAAGCAGUAUGGUCUGCUGGGUUUGGGUUUUGAGCGGUACGGUGACGAGGAGGCGCUGAACAAGGAUCCGAUCAACCACCUCUUCAAUCUGUACGUUCGCAUCAACAGCGAGAUCAAAGAGGAGGAGGAGAAGAUAAAGGCGCUCAAGGCGGAGGGCAAGGAGGCGGAGGCGGCGCAGCUGACGGAAAGCGGCCUGGACGAGCAGGCUCGGAAAUACUUCAAGAAGAUGGUGGAUGGCGAUGAGGCGGCCCUGAAGCAGUGGCGCCGGUUCCGUGAUCUGUCCAUCGUUCGGUAUCAACAGACCUACGCACGGCUGAACAUUCACUUCGACAGCUACUCGGGCGAAAGCCAGGUGCCGGAGGCAGCAAUGGAGGCAGCCGCGAAGCAGAUGGAGGAGAAGGGCAUAUCGACAGAGUCAGACGGCGCUCGUGUCGUGGACUUCACGUCGCUCAUCCCGGGUAAGGAGGGUAAGCGGCUUGAGCGGCCCAUCAUCCGCAAGAAGGACGGCACCGCGCUGUACCUGACGCGGGAUAUCAGCGAGCUCCUGGGCCGGCACGAGAAGUACAACUUCGACCAGAUGAUCUACGUUGUCGCGUCGCAGCAGGAUCUGCACCUGAAACAACUCUUCAAGAUCGUGGAGCUCAUGGGCCACAAGGAGAUCGCGGCCAAGUGCCAGCACAUCAACUUCGGUAUGGUGCUUGGUAUGAGCACACGCAAGGGCACAGUCAAGUUCCUGGACGAUAUCCUGCGGGAUGUGGGCGACAAGAUGCACGAGGUCAUGCGCAAGAACGAGGACAAGUAUGCGCAGGUGGAGAACCCAGAAGCCACGGCCGAUAUCCUUGGUAUCAGCAGUGUGAUGAUCCAGGACAUGACUGGCAAGAGGAUCAACAACUACUCCUUCAACAUGGACGCAAUGACCUCAUUCGAAGGAGACACUGGCCCGUACCUCGAGUAUGCGCACGCACGUGUGUGCUCCAUUGAGCGCCGGGCAGCAAUUCCUUCCGAGGAACUGGCCAAGGCAGACCUCACGCUGCUGAAGGAGCCGCACGCCGUGAACCUCAUCCGGGUCCUCAGCCAGUGGCCCGACGUGGUGCAGAACACGCUCAAGACAUUGGAGCCCACCACCGUGGUGGUGUACCUAUUCAAGUUGACACACGUGCUCAGCUCGUCGUACGACCAGCUGCGCAUCGUGGGUGCCGAGAAGGAGACCAAGAAGGCCCGCAUGGCACUGUACGAUGCGGCCCGUAUAGUCAUUGGAAAUGGGAUGCGUCUGCUGGGAUUGACGCCUGUGGAGCGGAUGUGA